AGUGAGCGAUCGUUUCCGACUUGAACAUAUUUUAGUGGGAGGUAAAAGCAGCGAGGAGUGCUUCCUGAAUUCGGUGGAGCGCUAUGACACUGAAAAAGAGAAUCUACUGUGGGAGAGCAUCGCUCCAAUGAGUACGAUUGGGCCUGGCGUUGCCGUUCUCGACAACUUACUCUACGCUGUAGGCGGCUCUGAUGGGCAGCACGAUCUGAGAAGCUCUGAGAG